AUGUUAAAUGAUAAUCGAGGAUCAGAUUAUAUAAAACGUCAAUCUCAUCGUCGUACUUUAUUAUGUUAUUCAACAUUAUGUUUAUUUUUAUUUUUAAUAUUAUUUUUACUAUUAAGUCAAGUAUUUCAUUAUCGUUAUAUUCAUAUUGAAAAUUAUUCAAAUAAAUCAAUAUCAUUAAAUGUAAUGAAAUUUCGUUCAUCAUUAAUUCAAUGUGGUCAAUCUGUUAUUGAAAAAGAUAAUAUUUAUCAAAUAAUUGAACAAUUAACUGAAAUAAUGAAAAAUCUUGCUAUUAAACAAAAAAAUAAACAAUCAAUUAAUAUAAUUGAACAAUUGGAUAGAAAUUUUAUUAAAGAAGAUAUUAUUAUUUGGUUAGAAUUUAUUUUAGCAGAAUGUUUUCAAGCAAGACAAUUUUCAAUAAUUGAACAAAUAAAACCAACUAUUAUUAGACAAUUUAUUUCGAGUUUACGAAAAGAAUUUUUAUAUAUUGCUGGAUUUUUUAUUAAAGAAACGUAA